CAAAAAAGAAAUACGGAUUUUUUUUUUACAGUUCAGACUUUGUUCAGAACAGUCCAAUGCUAAUGUAAUUGAACUGAACUAUUAAAGUUUCAGAAAUCAGAACCGGCAACCGAGCUGAAAGAAACACACUAAACACUUUGUUUCUCAAGGAAAGGACAAGUCCAAAGAAUUAAUGAUAUGAAUUUAAUUAAAUUGAAUGAUAUUAAAGCAAUUCCUGAUAUUAUUCAUGAAUAUAAGCCGUCCACCAAAGAUUCCCAGGUUCCACUUGUCAUUGACAAUGGAUCCUAUCAAUGCCGUGUUGGGUGGAGCUCAAACGAUGAUCCUCUACUUAUUUUUCGAAAUCUUAUUGCAAAACCCCGAAAGGAUCGCACCAAAAAAGAUGCCUCCGAAGUUGUGGCAAAUCCUCCAAUACAAAUCGGAAAUGACAUUAUCAACAUUGAGGCUAUGAGAUUUCAAUUAAAGACACAGUUCGAUCGCAAUGUUGUCACACAUUUCUAUAACCAGGAACAGAUAUUUGAUUAUAUUUUUACCCACCUGGGGAUUGACACAAACGGAGGUGUUCCACAUCCUAUUAUUAUGACGGAAGCCCUUGGCAAUCCCAACUAUUGCAGGCAAUUGAUGUCAGAGCUCCUUUUUGAAUGUUACGAUGUUCCAUCUGUUUGCUAUUCUAUUGAUUCCAUGAAUAGUUUUACAAAAAAUAAAAUAGGACCUAAUGGGCUUAUAAUUUCAUUUGGGUAUCAUACAACUCAUGUGAUACCUGUUUUGGGGAACAAAAAUAUUUCAACUAAAGCUCGCCGCAUUAACAUAGGCGGGUAUCACAUCAUUACCUUUCUUUUCCGACUAAUGCAGCUGAAAUACCCGGUUCAUUUGAAUGCCAUUACUAUAAGUAGAAUGGAAUCUCUUAUGCAGGGUCACUGUUCAGUUUCCAAAGAUUAUAUGGAAAAUCUGAAGAAAUGGUCACAUCUUGACUAUUAUGAGCAGAACGUGAAGAAGAUACAAUUGCCAUAUACAUUGCCAACGCAACCGACAAUCGUAUCUGCGGAACAAAGAAUGGAAAAACGUCGAGAACUAUCAAAAAGGUUAACCGAAAUAAAAGCAAAAAAACGUGAGGAGCAACUCGUUGAAGAUGAAGAGCAAAUCAUUAUAAUGUCUAAUAUUAGAAACCUGUAUGUAAUGGGGGACUUAAAACGAUUUGAGGCGGCGUUGAGAGAAAAUGACAUUGCCAAUUUGGAAGAACUUGAGAAACUCAUAGCAAGUGCAAAAUCGAGAGUUGAGAAAACAAAGCAAAAAAUGCUUCUACCUCCUCCUUUAGAGUCGCAAAUCAUUGUUCCUGAAGAGAAACCUGUUGUCGUGCCACAACCUCCAGCAAAUGUUUCCAUAGAGGAAUGGGUGACUUCUACCCGCAAUAAGCGGACCCAAUUGAUUGAAAAAAGACACAAUAGAAAACAACGCCGACAAGAUUUGGCCAAGAGACGAACUGCUGCAGCACAAGAAAGAAUGCGUAUAAUUUCUCAUUUAGCACGCAAAGAAAAGGGCUCAGAUAAUUUUGGCAUGCGUGAUGAGGAUUGGGACGUUUAUAAAGUGAUAAGUAAGGAUUGUGAAAGUGACAGUGAUGCUGAAAAUGAAAAACUCUUAGAGGUCGAAGACAUACUUCGCCAUCAUGAUCCAAUGUUUGAAGAACCAGUUAUUAUGUUAGGUGGAGCAGCUGAAUACCAUCAGCUUCACGUCGGUGUUGAAACUAUACGUGCUACCGAGCUUCUCUUUCAACCAAGUAUGAUUGGCAGUUCCGAAUGUGGUCUAGCAGAAUUGAUUGAUUUUGUGUUGAAGCUAUUUUCCCCUCACGAACAACUUUUACUAGCGCAAAAUGUUUUUCUGACCGGUGGAUGCUCACUACUACCAGGUCUCAAGGAACGAAUUUCCAAAGAACUACUAGAAAUGCGUCCUUUCCAAUCGCCACACAAUAUAUUUAUGGCCGAUUCAGCUUCUUUGGAUGCAUGGUUCGGUACACGCGACCUCUCCCGAAGUGAACUUCUCGCUGAAUUUUUGACAACAAAGCAAGACUACGAAGAAAAGGGCAGUGAAUAUUUCAAAGAACAUCCAACCAGCAACUAUUUUUUUAACACACCCAUACCCGUUGCUGUGGAAUCUCCAAAUGAAUAAAUAAAAAUAUUGAAUAAAAAAAAAUAAUUUACUUGGA